AUGUCUUCACUUUCUCGAAUCCAUAAGCGUCAUGCAUAUGGCAAAGAUGCGCAUACCUACUAUCCUGUCCUCAUUGUAGGCGCCGGUGAAUCGGGAGUGGCCAUGGGCUGUCGGCUCAAAGAGGUUCUGAAGACAGAUCAGUUCCGGAUCUUUGAGAGGCAGUCGGGAAUUGGAGGUACCUGGUGGAUUAACAGAUAUCCAGGAGCUGCUUGCGAUAUUCCGGCCGCUUUCUACUCAUUCUCGUUUGCGCCGAAGAUGGACUGGUCUACUUUGCAUCCUGCAGGCCCAGAGCUUGCACAGUAUAUGGCUGAAGUCUGCGAGAAAUAUCAGAUUGUGGAUAAGAUACAAUUUAACACCGAUGUUAAGGAACUUCGGUGGAUUGAGGCGGACGAAGAAUGGGAGGUUACUAUCUCACAUCUUGUUCCUGGGACCGGCGAUCUAGCUCAGCAUGAACGAGACCGUCUGGUAGCCCAAGAUGGUGAGCACCGUGUCUACGUCGAGACAGAGAUUGUCCGAGCAAAGGUUGUUGUUAGCGGCGUUGGAGGUUUGGUGGAGCCCAAGAAUCUGCCAACAGAUAUCCCCGGCUUUGAGAACUUCGAAGGUGAAAUCAUGCACACAGCCCGGUGGAACGACGAGAUCGAUCUCCAGAACAAAGAUGUUAUCAUGUUUGGCGCGGGCUGCAGUGCCGCCCAGGUAAUUCCCGAGCUGGCCAAGCCAGAAGCCAAUGUUCGAUCCAUCACCCAGAUCAUGCGGACGCCGCCAUGGGUGCAACCCGAUCUGCUACCUGGUCGGCAACUCGAGCUGUAUGAGAAUUGGACACCGACGCUGUCAACCUACGUUCCCGGGUUCGCAAAGUUCCUACGCAACACACUAUUCGUGAUGCUCGAAAAAAACUUCUACGACAUAUUCAGCAACACCACAUAUGCUCGAAUUAUGCGACCACGCUUGGAAAAGAAGUUCCUUAAUAACAUGCGCCAGCUCGCACCAAAGGAAUAUCACGAGAUCCUAACUCCAAACUACAGCCUCGGUUGUAAGAGACGCAUCAUCGAUGGGACUUGGUAUCGCAGUCUCAAUGCUCCCAAUGUAGAGCUUACUACUCAGCCUCUGACAAGAAUUAACGCAAAGAGCGUAACCCUCGGCCCAGGUCGCUAUUAUCCACCCAAUCAAACCGAAGCCGCAGAUGAGGUGAGAGAAGUCCCGGCCGACGUCAUCAUCAUGGCCAACGGCUUCGAGACAAAUCAAUGGCUUCAUCCGCUCAAGGUCAUCGGUAAGGAUAACAAGAAUAUGGAAGAUGUUUGGGCAGAACGUGGAGGAGCGCAAGCUUACCAGGGUAUCGCGAUGGAUCACUUCCCGAACUUCUUUAUGCUCUUCGGUCCGAAUACAGCUACGGGUCAUACCAGUGUUAUCUUCGCCACAGAGAAUGCCGUAAACUACUCACUGAAGUUUAUCAAGCCCAUUCUUAAUGGUCGGGUUAGCUCGUACGAAGUGAAGGAAGAGGCUGAGCGGGAGUGGACUCGUCAAGUACAGGAUGAAUUGCAGAAGACUGUAUUCCGUCGUGGGGUCUGCUCCAGUUGGUAUAUCACUGCUGAUGGAUGGAACUCAAGCACAUAUCCAUUUACUCAGAUUCAUUAUUGGCUGCGUUGCACGUUCCCUGUGUGGUCGCAUUGGUCUGCUAAGCUCACGAGACGAGGUCGUGUGCUGCAGGUUGUCAGGAGGGCCAUCAAGGCCUCUGUGCUUGUAGUUCUCCUCGCAGGCUUUAGAUUCCUGUAUAAGAACCCAGAGCAAAGACUUCAAUUCGUACAGUCUUUGCUUGCUGGGAAGGAUUGGCUGCGUUCGACUGUGCAGGGUCUGAUUUCUCGUUGA